CCAUAGAAAUAAAAUAACAAUAUUAGAGGCGGGAAUUACACUUAAUCAAUAACUUAGAAAAUUAAUCUAUCAGCUAUCUAUAUUCUGAGCUCGAUAAAUAUCAAAUUUUUCAAGCUGAUGAUUUCGAUUUCAAACUUGUAUCAUCAUGUUCCAGCCUGGUUCAAUCAGACGAAUACAAGUGAAAAAUUUUGUGACCUAUUCAUAUGCAGAAUUUUAUCCUGGUCCUCAUUUAAAUAUGAUAAUUGGCCCCAAUGGUACAGGAAAAUCUACUAUGGUAGCUGCCAUAAUUCUGGGAUUAGGAGGUAGUCCUAAAACAGUGGGGAGAGGCACAAAAAUUAGUGAAUAUGUGAAACAUGGUUGUGACAAUGCAACCACAGAUAUUCAUCUGCAGGGAAAUAGUGACAAUAGUUUCUUGCGAAUAACAAGAAAUUUUGAUAUCAAUGAACGAAAUGUAUGGUCUAUUAAUGGAGUCAAAAAAAGUUCCAAGGAAGUUCUCGAAGUCAUAAACACUUACAAUAUUCAAGUGAAUAAUCUUUGUCAGUUCCUACCACAAGAUAGGGUGCAGGAUUUUGCAAAAAUGAAUAAGCAGGAGCUGCUCAAAGCUACACAACUAGCACUUUGCAGAGAAGAUUUGAUUGAAAAACAACAGAAAUUAAUUGAUAGUAAAGAUAAGUAUGCAGGAAUUAGUACUUCCUUGGAAAAGAAUGAACAAAAGUUAGUUCAAGCUAAAGAAUCUAAUGCUAGAUUAGAGGUGAAAGUAGAAAGUUUCAACAAGAAAAAAAAAUAUUUAGAUAAUAUUCAAGAUAUUGAAAGAAAGAUAGCAUGGUUAAGGUUUGAACAGUUAAAGGAAGAAGUGGAUGAAGUAAAGAAAGAUAAAAUUGAGGCUACACAAGCAUAUGAAAAAUAUAAAGCCUUGGGGAAACCUAUGGAAGAUGAGAUAAAUAAGGCCAAAAAUAACUCUAAAGUUUUGACAAAUAUACAUUCUAAUCUUAUGAAAACAAAAUGGGAUACAGAAAAUCGUUUGGAAGCAAAAUAUGAUAGACUAGAUUUGUAUAAACAAUCUAUUCAGUCUGUUGAUCAAGAAAUGAAUGUCAAGUUGGAUGAGUUUUCUGAGCGUGAAUCUGAAAUAAAUUCAACAAUGGAGAAAAUUAAAGUGCUAGAAAAUAAUCUAAAGAAAUUGAUGGAAAAAUAUCAGAAUGAUCAAGAGGUUCAUCACAAGUUGAAACAAAUUAGUUCUGAAAUCAAUUUGAUGUCUUCCAAAGAGAGAAAGGCAGAACAAGAAAAAGAUCAGGUUCUUUUUAAAAAAAGAAACAAUCAAGCUGAAUUGAAUAUGUUGCAUAAUGAAUUAAAAAAUCUAGAAGAUGUAAAAAGUCAAAGGUUCCAAAAACUUUGUAAGUUGAAUAGAGGAGUCUAUGACGCUGUUCUAUGGCUUAGAAAUAACAAGCACCUGUUCAAAGGUGAAGUAUGUGAGCCAAUGAUGUUAGAAAUUAACAUACUAGAUGCCAGAAAUGCCAUAUUCUUAGAAAACAUCAUUUCAAAAAGAGAUAGACUGGCAUUCACUUGUGAAAAAAAAGAAGAUAUGAAUCUAUUGAUUCACUGUCUUCGCAAUCAACAAAACUUGUCUGUUAAUGUUCUCCAUUCCAACCGUGAUAUAGACAUGAGCAAUUAUCAGCCGAAUAUACCAAUAGAACAAUUGAAGAAGUUUGGCUUUUAUGCUUACAUCGAUAGCUUGUUAACUGCCCCCAAAUUAAUUAUGAACUAUUUAUAUAAAUCAUAUAGGAUACAUGAUAUUCCAAUUGGAAAUACAAAAGUUGAUCAGUAUUUUGAAAAUGUUCCCAACUCCAUUCGGCUGUUUUUCAGUGAAAGAACAAGAUAUGCUGUGAAAUUUUCUGCCUACACUGGUGCUAAAAUUACCUCACAAAAUGUAAUUGCUCCGAAUCAUACUUUAUCAAUUUCAGUCGAUAUUGUAAGACUUGAAAAUUUAAAAGGUGAAAUCCAGCACAAGGAAGAACUUUAUGCAAAUAUUGACAAUGAAAUAAAGAAUUAUGACAAUGAGAUACUUAAUUGCCGAAGCAGAAUUACAGAAUUACAAGCUGAACAGAAAGUGAUAACAGAUUUGAAACAGCAUAUUCAGGCUGUAGGAUCCAGAUAUAGUGCAAUGAAGAAAAAAAUUGAGAAAUUGCAGCAGGCUAAUACAGAUAGGGACAGUGUGAAAGAAGAAGCCGCGCAAAAGAUAAAGGGUAUUGUUAAAGAAAUGGUAUUAUUUCAAAAAGAGAUUUUGUCAACAUUCAUAUCCUGUAAAGAGUUGUCCAUAAAAUCAGCAAUAAGUUUUAAAAAACUUGAGGCAGCUAGAAAUAAGGCUUCAUAUUUAGAGCAGAAGUUCCGAGACACAAAAAGACAAUGCGAUGAAGCUGAAGAAGUGUUGAAUGCUGUAAAAGAAAAGUAUUUUAAUAUGGUUGUACAAGGCAAAGCAGCUUUACAGAAGGCUAAACAACUCUCUAAAGGUUUUACACCUGAUGAUGAGGGUUUCAUUGAAUUCAAACAAAAAUAUGAUAAACUUUCUAGUGAUGUAAAAGCUCUACAACAGGAGAAAGAUCAGAUUUUAUUAAAGAUUGAUUGUUUGAAAAUCGCUGAUGACGGUGAACUAGAAGAAUAUGAACAAAGAGAGGAAUUAAUUAGGACAUUAGAGAGAGAAAUAGAUGAAAACAACAAUGAAUUGAAUAAAAUGAAGUCGCAAAUGGAAAAAAUUGAAGAAGAUUGGUUAUUGCCUCUAGGAAAUCUAAUAAAUGAAAUCAAUAUCAAAUUCUCUAAUGCGUUCAACAGAAUGAAAUGUUCUGGUGAAUUGGCCAUUUGGACAGGUGAUAAUGUCACUGAUUACUCCCAAUAUGGCUUGAGUGUGAAAGUGUCCUAUCGGAAUGGUGAACCUCUACAAGAGCUCAAUUCCACUACUCAGAGUGGUGGAGAAAGAGCAGUUGCCACUGCAGCUUUUAUGCUGUCUCUUCAAGAACUCACACCUGUUCCUUUUCGAUGUGUAGAUGAAAUCAAUCAGGGGAUGGACAAUAACAAUGAGAGGAGGAUAUUCGAUCUCUUGUUGGAUUGUACAACACAAGAAAAUACAUCACAGUACUUUUUAAUAACGCCAAAGCUUGUACCUAACUUGAAAUACUCAAAGAAUAUGGCUGUACAUAUCGUUCAUAAUGGACCUUUUGUAACUCCUGAUAGAAAGUGGCAUAUGUCUAAGCUGUGUAACCCGCAAGGAGUCAAGGUUAAUAGUUAAGAAUAAUUUAUUGUUGAAGUUGUGAGUUUUUGUACACUUAAAGUUUUUGUUAUAUUUACCAAAUUAGUUAUGUAUUUUGUUUGAAAUCACGUUAUUUCUUAAACUUUAUUUAAUGUAUUAUAUAUACAUAUUCCUUUAUUAAUAAUAUUAAAGAGGCUGAAGGAAUUAGGUCGAUGGCCUAUAAAGAACAGUUAUUAUUAUUAAUACUAAAGGAAGAAUGAUUAUUUGAAGUCACUAUUAUUGGAGAUUCAUAAAUCUAUGCAACAACCUGUUCUUCAGUAUUAUAUUCUUUUUUUUUUUAAUACCAAUGAAAGUAGUUUUAACCCAAUGAUUGAAAUUAAUUGUGGUGACACAUUUUUUUUUUGUAUUCAGAUUCUUCAAUAUCUGUUAUAACAGUUUUUAUUGUUUUAAGGGCCUUGCCAGACAUUCAAUAUCACAAUUUGGUUACAUGUCUGUCUAUUAAAAAAACAUUGUUUGUUUUUAUUUUUAAAUUGAAAUUGUCUACUUAUCUAUGAUAUAAUAAAUAAAAUAUUUUUUCACACUAUGGCUGAGGUAAUAUCAGUCGUCAUUUCAAACGCUAUAUUCUUAUAUCAAAAUAAUUUUUAUUUGAUUGCAUUUGAAUAAGGUAAACUUAUUCAAAGCAUUCAACUUGUUACUUCAACGCUGAAAUGGUUCAAAUCUUAGAAGAUAGUCAAAAAUCUUGUUAGCAUUUAGCCGAUAUAAGGAUUCAGGUUCUACUCAAUAUCUAGGAUAACCCAUUUCAACUAAAUUUUAUCAUUCCUGAAGUUAAAGUUAAUAACUACUAUUUUAUAUUUUUAAUAAAACAAUAUAAAUGAAAAAA